CCUCCCAAGAGCCGAGUUAAAAUACGAUUGAGAUUUCCCGACAACCGAACAACAUGUCCAUACAGCCCACCUGCCUGUGGAGACAUUGUGCGGUCGCGCGAGGGGCAUCCGCUCUCAUCCGCUCUCAUCCGUUCUUAAAUAUACCAGGCAGCGUCCAUUCUCGUCAUUGUAUUCGCUACACAAUCUUAGAAUCGCACAUAUGGCGCCACUUACUCCCCACUGGGCUCGGCCUUCGCAUCCUGACAUCCAGAAUGUCAUCAUCAACGAUGCCGAGUUCACCUCGAAAAGCCUGUCCAAGGUCACGCUUGCUCCGUUUGCCGUCUUUGCCAAGAUGGCAUUCCCUCCUUGCACCCUUGCCGAACAGCCCACUUACGCCACAGUCCAAAUUGGCCGGAACAAGCACCUGAACCUCAACAGCGACCUUCUGUACAUUAACCACUCCUGCGACCCGUCUCUUAUCUUCGACACUUCCAGUCUCAACAUCCUCGUCGGUCAGAAGGGACUUCAGCCAGGUGAUGAACUGACAUUCUUCUACCCGUCCACCGAAUGGGACAUGGCCCAGCCAUUCGACUGCCUCUGCGGAGCCCCGACCUGCCGCGGCCAGAUCGCCGGGGCGGGCCACAUGGCCGAAGCCCAGCUCGAGGGGCUCUGGCUCAACGGGCACAUCCACGAGCUCCUCGCGGAGCGCAAGGCGGCCCGCCGCACCGACGACGUGUCUGGGAACGGCACCGUCGGACACGUCGACGCGGACCCCACCGCUCAGGCGCUGAGAGAUGCCCUGCAGCAGGCCGAGAAGGUCGUCGUCGCCACGAGGGCCGCGCUGACCUCGUACGUCCAGGGGGCGUUCCAGAAGCCCGGCCGCGGCGUCAAGGCGGUGGGGGCGUCUGGAUUGCAGCACGGCGGCCACGGGGCCAACGGACUCUCUUCCAACGGGUCUGCCCGGGGCUCCCAGAGGCGUGGGCUGACAUCACGGGAGCUGAGCGGCGAGAUGGGCGGAGAUACAAACUAGGAACAAGUACCAGGAUAAAGGGGAGUGGUUCAUAUCUACACUAGGUACCGAAUUGCACCCUGUAUCCGUAAACCUUUUUACAAAAAAAAGACCAAGAACAAGCUGCCGUGAAC